GAGCAUAUAUAACCUAUAGUAUUGCAAAUUAGCCACCGCACACUUCAUAAAAACUUAUUGACUAUUGCAACAAUGUUCAGUUUCACAUCCUAUCCUAUAUAUAUAACUGUCACUUUAUGACAAACACUGAUUAAGAGUGAAAGUUUGAGCAAAGAGAUGGAGGCAUACAAGAAGAUUAUGAUUGUGGGGAUAUUGUUGAUCAUUGCCAAUACCAUGUUGUUGAUUGAUGGUCAGUCAUUAUGUCAGAUGACAAACAAAGGACUGAAGGCAUGUGAGCCAUAUGUGAGUGGUGUCAAAAUUGCUGCUUUUCAAAUUCCAAGUGAUGCUUGCUGCCAUGCUACUGCCAAGGCUGAUCUUGAAUGUCUUUGUAGUUACAAGGAUUCAGGGUUGCUUUCUUUCUAUGGUAUUGAUCCAGAUCAAGCCAUGGAUCUCCCAGUUAAGUGUAAGCUUGUGGACUCCUUCAACUGCUAGACAAGGGCUUCUAAAUUAAUAAUGUAAUCCAUGAUUUUGCUCUUGUGUUUCUCCAAUUUUUGUUUUUAUUUUUGGUAUGCAAAUGUUAGUCUUUAGCAUGUUUAUUUUGCUAGAUGCCUAGACAAAGUUUAAUCAUCUUAAACCCUAGACCUUCUUCACAAAUUACGGAUAAUGUUUAUGUUUGUAUCAUGACAUGGUAUGCCUUGUUUUCUUGUGAGCUAUAUGUUUUUCCGGUGGUUAGAAACUUCUUUACAUAUGCUUGUAAUUUAUUCUUGGCCAAAUACCAUUAGUGGUUUUUAAGUUAGAUA